GGUGCCCCGAGGUAUAUAGAGGGAAGUGCAGGGGAUGGUGGAGGAGACGAGUCUUGCAUGCCGAGGCUUAGCUUCUCUCCCUGCAGACAAGGAACUGCGUCCUGUUCCUUUGUGAUCUCCCAGACAGCAGGAAGGAAUUGCGGCUGAAAUGGUCAAGGGCGAAGACUUCAAGCUCCUCAAGAUCCAGACCCACGUCCUGAAGGUGAACAUACAUUGUGAUGGAUGUAAGCACAAAGUUACGAAGCUCCUCCAUAGAAUUGAAGGAGUCUUCUCAGUCAGCAUAGAUAUAGAAGAACAGAAGGUCACAGUUUCUGGGAAUGUGGACUCUGAAACCCUCAUCAGGAAGCUGGUCAGAGCAGGUAAGCGUGCGGAGCUUUGGUCUCAAAAGCUUACCCCGAUUCAGAAGUCCAUCCAUCAAAAAAAACCACCACCACCACCACCGAAGCAAGUUGCCAAUCCCAUGAAGGAAGCCAACACGAAGAUCGAAGGGCGAGGCAAACAAGGCCUCCUGCGAGGCCUCAAAGCCUUCAAACACCAGCACAACAAGCUUCCCUCGUCCAGCUCCGACGAGGAAGACUAUGAUGAUGAUGAUGAUGAUGAUGAUGAUAUUGAUGACGACGAAGAAGAAGACGACGAUGAUCUGCAAAUCCUCGAUCAUAAGAUGAUGCAAAUCAGUUUAACGAGGCAGGCAAACAAUGCACCAGCCAGCGCGAGGCCAACAAAUGGCAGCAGCGGAUGGAAGAGCAGAGAGGCAGAGCACACCGUGAAAAGCUCAAGUGGGUCACAGCCAAAAGGCGUCAAUGCUGCAGCCAACGACAAGAAGGUGGCGAGUGGCAAUCCUGAGGCAGGGAAGGGACAAAGGAUGACGCAGGCGAAUAAUGUGAUGAUGGGUCUCGUUGGGAGCAAUGGAGGCUUGCCACGAAAUGCUGGUGGGGCACAAUACCAGUCGGCAUUGCUGGUGAACAAGCAGGGGUACCCGAACCAUCCACCAUCCAUGGCGAACAACUCGAGAGGGCACAGCAUGGCGAUGCACGACGGCAGAUGCGUGCAGCCUCAGAUGAUGCACCUCAGGUCCCCUCAGAUCGCCUCCUACACUGGCUACUACAACUACUGCCCGAGCCCUCGCUAUCUCAGCAGCCAAGUAGACAACGGCUUCUGUGCCACUCAUCUUUUCAGUGAUGAGAACGCUAAUGCUUGUAUUAUCAUGUAGAUGGUAGGUUUUCAGGAGAUCGGGGGGGGGUUGACUCUCUCUCUCUCUCUUUCCCUUCUUCCUUCCUCGUUGCUGCUAUGGUUUCCUAUAGUCGGUGGUGCUUCGAACUGGUAGCAUUCUUGAUGUUAGCUCAAGCUGUUGUCGAGCA